AUGGCUGUUAUCGCUCUUAGGCUACGAUCUUUCAAUCUUGUUUGCAAGUGUUUAUAUCUUUUUGGAGUAUGUACCAUGUUUGCUUCAUUUCCUUUUUUUGGAGGUAAGUGAAUAAUUGAUUUGUGACAUUUUUAAUAUGAUCUUGACCGCAGACACACUGGCCGUCAUGAAUUUAUUACGAUUAAAUCAGCAAUUCACAAGUACAAAAUGUUUCAGAGUUAGGAAAGGGUCGUUUACACUGUUAUAUUGCCAGAUUAUAGCAAUUGCAGAUGUUUACGGUCUCCAAAGAGUUUAAACAUUUUUCGUAUUUGUCUUACUAAAGAUACGUAACUGUAUUCAUUUUUUUAUCACUUUGUGAUAUUCCAAACCACCAGAUUUUCCUCAAUAGAAUUGUACCAAACACGUAAAAUCCUGAAAUUAAGUUAGUCCUGUGCAAUAGGGUAACGAUUUUAUUUCCAACGUGAAACUUUCUCAUACUAUGGGAGUCCGAGCGUAGAGUCAUGCAAACCGUAUAUCUUGCCAGAGAACGAUAUCCCGGGUAAGAAAUGAACAUGUGAAAUUAACUGAUGGCGCUAAACAAAACCUGUGUAUUGCCUUAUUUUUUGAAAUACGUAUUUGAUACCACUCAAUCAGUGAUAUCCACUUAUCAUCAUUUUUCAUGUUUUGUUUGGUAUUGAAACUGAAGGGAAAAAACCCUUUUGAUGAUUAGGCACUGAUAACAUCAACUUUUUCCAGAGGGGUAGUGACAUUUGAUCAGCAUAACAGGAAUAUGAAAGCUUCCAUUUUGGGUCUCUCUCUUCCAAAUGGAUGCUUGUCUCAAAUGCUUUUGAUAUCUAAAUAUUAGAAGUAAAAAAUUGAAGAGUAUUUGAUAUUCUCAGCUACAAUCCAAAGACACACGUUUAGUCUACAAACCAUGGAUUAAUUAUUCAGUGAACUAUACGAAAGCGCUCCAGGGGAAAUUUUAGAGCCUCUUGUGUUUGAUGACCCUACCCCUGUCUGGAAGCUUUGGUAAAUAACCAGCCUCUCUUAGCGGGGAGAGCAUGACAAAAUGGAACUUAUUAUCUCUAAAAUGUUUAAUUUCGUUCAACCGAAGUCGGGCUUAAGUUUAAGUCGUAUGAACUACUAUAACUGUCACUCAUGAUUAACAUUGCCUUUCAUGUUUUUUCUCUCCAGGUGCUGUGGGUACCGACAUUCGAACAGAAUGCCCGAACGACAAGAUCCGGCUUAGCCACCCUCAACUUGCUGAGCCUAUCCAGGAAAAGUCUUACAAAGAGCUGAUCUGGACUGUUGACGAUCCAGAAAAGCAAGGCCAGGACAAACAAAAGCUCGCGUAUUGUAACGAGUAUUUUAAAUGCCACAAGUAUAACAUUACUGGGAGAUAUCAGCAGAGAAUUGAGACAACAGCUGCCGUGCGGGGUGUGCUUUACAUCAAACAGAAGAAGUUCAACGAUAAACUCACGUACACAUGCCGCGUGAUACAUAAAGGAAACAAGCCUCCGUGUGAUUACACGAUCACAGUCAGAUCUUCAGCAAAUUGUGAGUGAAUAAAGCUUAACUUGUGAAUUGGCUCUGUUUUCCCUUUCUCAAGGGUUGCAGUUGCUUUAGCGUGUUGGGGUGGUAUUGCGCCUUACGGAAAGAGGCUUGUACCUCUGCUCUUCAUUUGUGAAUCAGCAGGCACGUGUUCCGGCAAAAGGAACGCUUUUCCGCACUGUUGACUUACCGAAAAAAAGUGGGGGAAGUCGCAGGCUCACCAGGACCGCCUGCCACACUCCUAUUGACAUAACGUCUUCGAAAAGCCUUAUUUUUUUGUGAAUAAAUUAACUACCAUAGUUUAAAACAUGGCUUAACUGCAGAGAUUGAUUUACUUUGAAAUCUCUAUUCAAAUUUUUUCGCUACAGUGCUUACGGGAAGCUACCUUAGUCCUUACAUUAUCUCUUGAACUCCCAAGAUCUGACAGUCAAUUCUCCCCUCCAGCUGCUACAUAUUUCCUUUAGUUUGCCUGGAUAAUGUAUGGAUAUGGCAGGGAGAAGUUAGAUGUUAAUCACUGGGAGUUAAAGUGUUUACAGGCAAGAUUUACAGUGCUAUAGUCUAAUCUGUCUGCCUUUUCCCUCUCAAGGCUUGUCCACGACUGUUGGUAAAAGCAUCGACCUGAGCCGUCCGAUUCAUGGAAAAUUUUCAAAGAAUGACAUGGAAGACAUAUCAUGGUACAGGAUUCUUCAGGGUGGUGGAAAGGAAAAAAUUGCGCACUGCAGUCCAUCCAGGGUUUUGUGCACAUUGAUCAAUUGCACAAGAUCUUGCCCAGAAUAUUUAACAAGGUUAAAGACAGACGGACUGUCAGUCAUCCUGACAAAAGUCACGCCCAAUGACCGCGGAUUAAGAUUUCAAUGUGAGUUACAUCCCAGAAUCCAACGGGCAUCUCGAGUUUACAUCAUUCGGGUGAGAGAUGUCGCCUUACCCCGACCAGGUUAG